ACUAGACUAUUGGCAAAUCUGAACAGAAGUAAAGAACCAUUUCUUAUUCUAAUUUACUUAUUUUUUGUUUAUGGAUCUUCAAAUUGGAAAUGUAAUUAAUUUGAGUCCUAGACUCAAAAGGAAAAGGAGUUGUAGAUUUUCUUCGGGGGGUUUAAGUUCCCCUUAUUGUUCUAAAUCUCCUCCUGGAGAAGAAGGAAACAAGAACAAAGGUGAUAGGUUCUCAACAGACUGGGACAAGGCCUGGUCAAGUUUUAGAAAGCGAGGGAAGAAAUCCCUCUUCUCACAAUUCAAUCCAAAUAAGUACGUGAGCUGGAAUCCAAAGCGUUCCAACUUCCCAUUGUCUGAGGAGGUUGAUCCUAUCAAAAGAGCUGAAAGAUCAAACCUCAUGUUAUGGACUAGUCCAAAGUUCACUCUAGCUGGAGCCAUUGUUGUGGUCACCUUGCUUUUGAUCUACACAUUUCUAGCUCCUAUGAAGUAAUGUUUGCUGGAUCAGUUUGCAAAUGUUAGAAAAACAGGUCUAUGCAGUAAAAACCUGACAUUUAUAUAUGACAACAAAAUGAUCAAACACAAUUUGUAAAUUGUAAGUGCAGCGACAACUCUAUUACAUUUUCUAUUAUACUGCUUUGCACCCUGUAUCUAUUUGUUUCUCCAGAUGAAUUUGACAAUCCAGAUAUAAGUGAUGUUUACUAUUAUACAUUGCUAA